AGGUGAAGUUGUUUUAGGAAAUCAAGGUGGAUUCGCUGUAGGAAAUCAAGGUGUAGAUGCGGUUGUUAUAAGAAGUCAAGGUGUAGAUGCGGUUGUUAUAAGAAAUCAAGGUGUAGAUAUUGUUGUUGCUGUUACUGAAGUUGCCACUUCUAGUGCUGCUCUUAAUCAAGGUGUAGUUGUUACUGAAGUUGGUAGUUCUAGUGGUGCUGCUAUUGAUAAAGGUAAAGCAGUGGUUGAGGAGGAUAAGAAGGAUUGAAAGAAUAAGUAUCCACUAAUGGAUAAUGUAAGAGACAUCAUUGAUGCUAUGGAUUUUUUACCUAAAAAGAAGAACGGGAGACCUUAGGGUUUGCCAAAAGAUCGUUCUGUCUUGAUUGGUUACGAGUCAUCAUGGGAUGCUAGAGUCUAUGCCGCAAAGUUUCCCGUUGAAGCAGUUCCUAAACUAAAGCACCAACAACCAAGGUUUUGGCCGUUGGAGGGUGAGCAUCCAGAGCAUCCAGAUAUGGUAGCUUUGGUAAAAUCUUCGGGGUUAUGGUCUGGAAUCGAGGCGAUGCAGAAGUCGUAUGAUGUUGUGAUAGUUUGUAAUUUUAGAGAAAGACUCUGGCCCGAAACCAUGACUUUCCAACUCCCAUUCAGCAAGAUGACUAUGAUUCCGGAUGAUGCAAAGGAAAUCAGCGGUCUUGCUUUGGAAGAAAAGGCUGUGUAUGAGGGUUUCAACAAUACUCUACCUUAUGAUGAGCUUUAUGUCUUGGAUAACCACUGUCUUGGAUGGAGCAAAUAUCAAGCGGAAGAAGAGUCUGAGAUUGGAGGCCCGCCUAGUGCUAAAAGGGAAGUUAUACAACCGGUUGAACAUCAUGAAACAUUUAAUAAGUCAAGGAAGAUUAACCUGGUUCGUCUGAGGGAGAAGUUUGAGGAUUCUGACCGUAAGACCAAGAAUGGAGAGAUCGUGAUGGACGCAGAAAGAGCUAGACAUACGGCUAUAGCUUACUUGUUGCACGCUCUUGGGACCGUCUUUUUUUCCCGAUUUCUCAGGAAAUAAGGUAAAUGCUUUUUAUUUGCAGUGGUUGAAGACUCUCAGUCUCGAUCCGGAAACAAACGAGGUUCCUAGGUACUCGUGGGGCACCGCCCUCCUUGCUAGUGUGAUGGA